GCGCUCGCAUUUAGACUUUGUUGAAUGCCGUUGCAGAAGGGUUUUCUUGGUUUGUCGUUACUCGAAAAAAGAAUAGUUUGCGAAGUAUAUUUUCGCAUUUGUUUUGACUAACUACGCUGGCUAAUGUCAUCGUGGCGUCGUUGGUUUUGUAAAUCGAAAAGCUGCACCUUAAUGCGUUGGUGAUCAACGAGCUACGCGAAGAGAAAUUAUCAUCACCAUCGUCACCUAUCGUUCAAGUUUACUCGAUAAGAAUAGCACAACGGUCUCUCAGGAUGUUAAAUCUUUGUUUUUGUCGCAUGGCGCGAUGAUUUAAUCGUCGAAAAAUUCGAGCCUUUGGUUAAAAGGCGUUUGACCACAAGACCUCUUUGAUCGUAUUUGUUAGCAUUCCACCCUUCGGUUGUUCGGCGACGUUAACUCGUUGGUUGUCUGUAGAUUUAAACGAAAGGCAUCUUGAUUUGUUUCCUUUUGACCUGUUUAAGACGUUUCACCCCUCAACAAAGUGACUAUAAGGUCACUAUAAUUGGAAUUCAAAGAGCCAACAAUACGAGGACCCGACUUUUUGGUAAUACUCCACCAUGUUGGGCAUUAUGGAUCAUCAUCAAGACACGGUCCGAAAAUGUACGUCGGAGACUUUGCCUCCGGAAGGUAGGAAGAGGACUGUGGAGGAUUUUAACAAUUUUUGCAGCUUUGUUUUGGCCUAUGCUGGGUACAUCCCACCUCAGAAAGAAGAGAGUUCAUGGUCCCCAUCCUCUUCUCCGUGUUCUGUUGAAGGAACCGUAAAGGACAGCUGGACAGAAAGUCACUCCAACAUCCACAACCUGGUCUACAAAGCUCAGAAUGACUCAGAAUGCAGUACAGAGUUUUGCCAUCGUGAAUCAGACGACUCCUUAGACAAGAUGAGUCUGAAGGAUUCUCUGAACCAAAUCAGUUUUCACAGCAAAGCUGAAAGAAAGAAAAUGAGGAAACUUAGCCGCUUAUCUUUGGGCGGGGGGAGAAAAAGCUUAUGUGGUAGCUCAGAGGCAAAAGCACACAAACAAUACAAAGCAGGACUAAAGAAAACGAAGAGAUCGAUUAAGACUGAGAGACACACUGUGUACACAAGUCCUAUGAGUGAGGGGCUUCGGAUGGAGGAGGAGCUAGCGGAACAGUCUGUUCACAUGGAGGGGGCGGGUCUUAAACUGGAGUCCAAUCAAGAAACGGACGUGAGUUCUUGUGAAACUGACACAUUGGUGACGGAUGAGGACAUCAUGGUGGAGUCUGGUGACGAUUCAUGGGAUUUGAUUACGUGUUUUUGCGGAAAACCUUUUGCGGGACGCCCGAUGAUUGAGUGUGACGAGUGCUCCAUAUGGGUCCAUCUAUCCUGCGCUAAGAUUAAGAAGUCCAACGUACCUGAUGUUUUCUACUGCCAUAGAUGCAGAGACACUCGGCCCACCACAGUCAAAAAGGAACAUUGAGAAAUCGUGUAUUGUGUACAGAUGCUUUGUUUGUAAAUGAAUAUAAGAUGUUCUCACCUGUCCCUUUUUACUUGUCUCGUCACUAUAAAUUAUAGUUUCUAUUAAAUUAAAUCUGAUACCCCUCUUAGUUCUGUGUUGAUGGAUGUGUGGUUUAUGAUGUCAGGUUUGACUAGGUUUCCUAAAAAGCAUGCACUUGUUUUGACUACUGUAUGAGCAGUUUGUUUGACUAUACACAAAUUAUUAUGACCACAUGUGUAUAUAUGAUAUGUAUGUGGAAAAACUAAUAAUUUACGAAAAUUUUCUUUUUACAUUAUGGUUUGGUCGAAUGAACUAAACUUUAUCAUUUCUUCAUAUAGUACAUUAGUUACAUGAUGUAUUAAAUGCAUUAUAUUCUACUUCCAUUGAAAAAGGGCUCGCACGUGGUCAUUUACUUAUUUUAGUUAUGGUUUUCAGAGAGUUAAAAUUUGUGCUCUUAUUUUGACUUUCAUAAACAGUCUUUUUGACUGUAAACCAAUAACUAUGACUACAUAUGUGUGUAUAUGAUAUAAGUGACAUUAUGACAUCUCUGUUGGCCUACAGAUUUAUUCAGAUAAUAAGUGUAAUACAUUAGUUACAUUAUGUAUUAAAAACUUUACAUCAGCCCCUCUUUCAGUGAUGAUGGGCUCUGUAGGCUUUCAGGGCUUUACAUGAUUUGCAAUCCAGCGUUUCUUAAUCCUCCUCCUGGGAGCCCAUUGGUAUUGUGCAUUUUAAGUAUCUCUCUAACCUGACAAACCAGUAUUGAUUAUCUGUUUAACAGAAUUAGUAAUAGAUAAGCAGUUUAAUGUGCAAUACCUGGGGGGCCCAGGGAUAAGAAACGCUCUUCAAAUCAAUUCAUUACUUUCUAAGAAAUGUCACAUGAUGAAUGUUCACCAUUAUUGUUACAGAUAGCUCUUAGAUUAACCUUUGACUGUAGUAAAACUUACUCAUUUUUAAUGUUUUAUUUUAAUGUUUUGCUUUUAUCAAGUUGCAAUUUAAGUUCAAGUGCAACAUAAAGGUUAUUUAAUUCCUCUUACUUUGUAUAUGUGUCCUGCUCAUCCUAAUGUAUAUAAUGUACAGGUGUAAAUGUUUGAAAUAUGAUGAAAUGCUAUAUUUUUCUGAUCAUUUACUAUAGCAAAAUCUGAAAAUAAAUGUUCUUAGAGUCAUAU